AGUCUGUUUGAAACUCCGACAAAGAAGUCUGGCACCAGCAGGGGUCUCUGAUACUCCUACCAGUAACCGUAGCUAUGGCAUUGAGGCUCAAGCGAGCUAGCAGUUCACCGUCGCCGUUCUCUUGGGAGUCACUUUCGCCCCCAAGGCCAUCUACACCCCUCUCGGAUACGCAGAUCGCAGAACUGUCAUCUCCACCAACGUCAUGGCUUUCUGCGCGUGACAUGAAAAUCUUCGGUGCUGAACCACUCAGACUAGACAUCGGGGUGGUUCGGUGUAGUGAAUGUGAAAAGCCGGUGUUACGCAGUGCCAUAUCUGAUCAUACUGUCAACUGCAGCGACAUUAAAUCGGGGAAGAAGUGGGUAAAGAGUAAGAGCGCAGAUGGCGAAGUGGAAUUAAAGAAGGGCAAGAAGCGUGCAGCUGACGGUGACGAGGUUGACGAUCCCUCUGAACCCAGCAAGAAGAAGGCAAAGGUGACGAAGGGAAGGACGAAGGGACCUGUCGAUUACGACAAGCAAUGUGGUGUCAUAAAUGAUAAAGGUCUUCCUUGCUCCCGUUCGCUUACGUGCAAAGCGCACUCCAUGGGUGCGAAACGCGCUGUUCAGGGACGAUCAAAACCGUACGACGAACUUCACCUCGAAUGGAAUCGCGCUAACAAUCCUAAUUGGGUGGAGCCCGUAAAGAAGGAAACAAAGGCGGAGAAAAAGGAGAAGAGAGAAAAGGAAAAGGCUGAGAAGAAGAGAAUGGCUAUGGAGGCUGCUAUUGCAUCUGGUUUGGAUCCUAAAAGCGCAGGCACAAAGAAAACAAUGAAGAAACCCGCGGUUUCAACUGCAUCUUACCGGUUGGAGGGCGAUGAUGGCACAGAGAAUUACGAUGAUAUUGACUCUGAAGCAGAGGUUGAUGCUCUAGUGAAAGCCGUCCAAGCUGCCCAGACAAGAGGUAUCAUUGGGAUUCCCCUGGCAGUUCCAACGUCGGAGAGCUUGUGGUUUGUUGCUAGACGAGAACGGCUACGAAAUUGUCGCAAUCACCUGGCGAACGCACUUGGUCGCAACGGAAUGGCUAGUGGAGUGUCAGUAAAUGGCAUGGCUAUUCUCUAGGGUACACUUCUUUGUUAUCAAGACCCUUGUCAAUGUAUUUUAGCAUCAAUGUGUUGUAGGUAGGUACUUAGUAGUAGUAUAUACUUGUCCAGGCGUUCGAUACUCACCCAAUUCAGUUUCCCGUGGCGGUGCCGUU